CACGCUGCGAAAGGCUGUCCGCGGAUCAGUAGCAAAGCGCCCGAUGAAGACGACAGCAACCAAAGUACGACCGGCGUUGGCCCGCCGUCUCUGCGACUUCUUCCAGCGACCACCGCCAAGCGACCCACGCACGAAGAGCCAAGACACCAUUGACGCCCGCAGCGGUGUUCGCAUCGAAAUGACUGGUCGCAAGCGACCCGCGCCGUCGAUCGCAGUGCCAGCGAGCUUUAAGUUCAAUUUGGAGCUGGGGGCGCGAGCGGGGGCCGGCGUCAUUGUAGCCUCCAUCUUCCAGACCGCGUACACUGGCCCGUCGAAUGGCGAUGCGGCGUACCCCCAGCUCUACUACUUUUUCCCGUCCUGGUACAUUCUGGGCGGCGUGAGCUACAUUGCGAUCGCCAUGAUCUUCUCGAUCGGCACCAACGUCGGGUCGACGAUCCGCGAGACGUUUCAAGAGACGCUUGGGGUCGUCAUCGCGUUUCUCUUCAACGUUGUCGUCUUUGCGUGCUUUACGCCGCGCGUGUACCACUCGGCCGACGACGUGGCCAACAGUCUCGGGAACGGUACGCUCGUGCGGAUCGAGCACGCGUUUAGCGGCACGCCCUACUACGUGACGCCCAGUGAUUUUUACAUUAUGCUCCCGUGCAUCAUUCUCUUUACGGUGGCGAUCGUCAUGACCCCGCUGGAAACCAUCACCAAGAAACUCGCGGUGGGCAACAACAUUUACUUUGCACUGACGCUCAUCAACCCCAACAACCCAAAUGACACUGCGCACCUCAAACCGUACAACGACCCGAUGCUCGCCACGUCCAACAUCUUUCGAAACCUGUUUGUGUACUUGCUCCUCGGCGUCCUUGGCGGCCUUAUCGCGCUUGUUGUCAUGCUCGUGCCCUACCCCAUUUUUGCCAUCCACCGCCUCCGCGCCGAGAUCCAGUCGACGACUACGGUUCUCGCCGACCUCUUGCAUUUGAUGGUCGAUGCCUUCUGCUUUCGGCGCAAGACCAACCGGCACAGUACGCACGUCGCGUUUGAAGUCGCUCGGAAAUUGGCUGACGCCGACGCCAAGCAAGCGCGCAUGGAGUCGCUACUCGACGACGUGUGGUGGGAGCAAAGCGUCGGGUUGCAUUUUCUCUUGCCGAUCCGUACGUCGAUCGUCAAGCCAUUCCUGGGACUGUACGCGAGUCUCCUGGACGACCUCCGUGCGAUGAGCGAUGCUGUACAAACAGGACGUCAUGGCGCCUUCCAUUCUCUCGUCGUAUCACGUGUACCAAAAGACGUGUACCUCGUGCAAAUGAAAUCGGUGCGGGCGCUCGACGCCAUCGCCUCCGACAUCCUCGCCAAUGCCAGAGUGUUGCCGACGGACGCGGUGGACGAGGUGCGCACGGCCAUGGCGGCGCUUUUGCAAGCCGUCCAUGCGGCGCACGUCGAGUGCUGCGAGAGUGCGACGCCGAGCGACAUUGAAGACGCGAUGACGUGCUACCUCUUUCUCUUUGCGCUCGAGUCGUACUGCGAGACACUUUGCACAUUUCCGGUCACCUUUAAUCAGCUUCAACACAGCACGGGACUCCGCGCUUGGAUGUUUCUGCAGCGCUGGUGCCGUCGUAUGGUGGACCCGACGCAGUACACCAAGCAGAACCUCCAGAUCGGCAUCAAGGUUGCGUGCGCUGUCGUGUCGGGCAGUGUCUUUGCCGUGUAUGUCUUCGGGUUUUCGCCCACGGCGGCUUCGGCGCUCGCGUACCUCUGGGGCAGCCAUGUUGGAGGCUCGUUUAGCCGGACGGCCAACCGCGUCGGUGGCGCUGUUGCCGGCAGCAUUGUGCCCUCCGUGUGCCUCUUCCUCAUUUGCAGCUACGGGUGCACGUCGUCGACGACCGCGACGAUCCUUCUCGACAGCGUCAUGUUUGUGUGGGUCACCAUGUCCAUGUACAUUAGCCUCCAAAACCAUGCGUGGUCCUACGCUGGGUUUGUUUCGGCGUACGUCUCCAGCGGUGUCUUCCUCAACGGCUGCGCCUGCGGUGCAACCACCGUCGCGCCCAUUUCAUCGUACGCCAACUUGGCUCAAGUGUCGCUCGGCAUCGUCUUCUUCAUCGUCAUCGAGUGGCUUCUCUUUCCGCAAAGCGCGACGACGCUUCUUCGCGCCAACAUGUUGGCGCAAUUGCAGCUGCUUCAAAGAGCCUUUCACACGCUCUUUGAGGUCACGGUGGCGACCCACGGCAACGUCCCAACGCUCCUUGCCACCGAAGCGAUUGUGAUGCAAACGUUGCCAUCGCUUCUGUUGGCGCAACCGGGCCUGCUCACCGAGGCGCAGUACGAGCCGCGGUUGUGGCGCCCACCGUUCCCGAUAACCAAGUUUGCCGCCGUCUGUGACAGCAUGAAGCGGCUCGAGCACCAUACGCGCGUCAUGUUCAAGCUCGCAAAGUGGUUUCAGCGCCGUCGCCACUCGGUGCAGCGCCGGCUCUCGGUGAACGCUGGCGACUUGCACCGGCGGUCGACAGUCUCGCAGCGCGCGACGGCGCCACCGACGCUCGCGUGGACGUUCUCGACGACCGAGCUCGGCGGCGCGAUCCACGAUACGUUUGCGUCGCUAGAGAUUGUCUUUGGCGACGCUUUUGCGUUGGCCGAUGCGGAUCGGGUCGCGCAUUUUUUGCAAAUGAAAGAGGCGUUCCGGCGCGCCGACGUUGACGGCAACGGCGUCCUCGAUGUCGCUGAAGUCGAGCGCGUGCUACGGGAGCUGUGGGGCCACUCUGUGCGGCUCGACGAUCACGUGCGAGCGUUUAUGGCGCUCGUGGACAAGGACAAGAGCGGCGCCGUGUCAUGCCAAGAAUUCAUGGACGCUAUCGACGACGGUCUCGUGCUGCGGGGUCCCUCGCGUCCGAGUCUACAUCCGCAAGAGCUUCUCGACCUCGACGACGUUGCACUGACAGAUACAGCGCAGAACAUGCGAACCGCGUACGCCGCUUGGCUUUUACAAGACCGGCGGUUUGAGAAGGUCUCGAUGGACGAGCUGCUCUUGCUCAACGGCCUCAUGGGGUGCGUCAGCGGCAUAGCCAUAGAGCUGCAGCGUCUUGCCGAUGUGUCGGCCCAGUAGUCGUAUUUUCUAUAGACUAAAGUACACAUAUGUCUGUUGCUCGGAGAACAGUUUGCCGUUCCUUGCACGAGUCUCUAUCUCAAUAUACACUCGGA